UUGUCUUGAUACAAUGUUACAAUUUGCAAAUUGUUUACAUUCCUGGUGAAUUAGAGGGAAAAUUGCGACAUUCAUUGUAAGAUGGAAAAUAAAAUUUGGGAUUGUAUUGUUGUUGGGGCAGGCAUAGAGGGUAGUAAUACUGCAAGAUAUGCAGCCUCACUUGGUAAAAAGACCUUGUGUUUAGAACAGUUUCCGCUUCCCCAUGAUCGAGGCAGUUCUCAUGGACAGUCGAGAAUAACACGUCAUUCCUAUGAUCAAAAAUAUUACGCUGAUAUGAUGCCGGAGGCGUUUGCAAUGUGGGAACAGAUUGAACGGAUGGCAAAUGAAAAACUCUUCAUCAACUGUGGUUGCCUAACUGUAGACAAACCACCUUACACCGAAAUCAAUCAUAUUAAAGAUAAUUUGGCAGCAAAUGGCAUCGAGACCAAACCUGUUAACAACGAAGAAUUGAGAGAAAAAUUCAGAUUAAACUACCCUGCAGAUAGACAAGGUUUGCUCGAACCAACAGGUGGAAUGCUGUUAGCAAGUAAAUGCCUACGAGCUACCCAGAGCCAAUUCACAAAAUAUGGUGGAGUGUUAAGAGAUAAUGAAACAGUAACUGACAUCAUUCCUGGUGAUAUUGUUCAAGUAAAGACAAGUAAAGGGUCGUACGAAACACGGACACUGAUUUUGACGCCAGGGUCUUGGGCCAGCUCUCUUCUGAAACCUUUGGAAAUCAAUCUGGAUUUGAGGCCUGUACGUACAAGUGUUUUCUAUUGGAAAGUUAUGCAAUCUGGUUUUGCAGCUGAAGAUAACUAUCCUUGUUUCAUUGACCAUACUACAACUGGUGGAGUUUAUGGUCUGCCUUGGUAUGAAUACCCUGGAAUGAUAAAGUUCUGUGGACAUGGUGGACCUUUGAUCGAUCCUGAUUCUAGGGAUGUAGUUGAUCAUAGCUACCUGCGAAGGAUGACGUCAGAAUAUGUGAGUCGUCAUAUCAUGGGGGUUGAAGCACAACCUAGUAUAGAAGAGCAUUGCAUUUACACAGAAACACCUGAUAAGGAUUGCAUAUUAGACUGUCAUCCAAAGUUUGGCAAUAUUGCAAUUGGAGUUGGCUUCUCAGGUUCUGGGUUCAAAAUUUCUCCGGUAGUUGGAAAGAUUUUGUUCCAGUUGGCAUCUGGCUUGAAACCAAACUAUGAUAUGGAACCUUUCAAAAUAGCAAGAUUUAAGAAUUCGAAAUCCUCUUUAUAAUCUCAAUGAUAGACCUGUCAUUAGUAUAAAACUGGUGAUUUAUUAAACUAUUGCACA